AUGCUGUGCAACUGCUCGCAGGGUAAGUGCGCGCGCUGCUUCUUCCAGCGCAAUGAAAAAAAGCUCUUGGAGGAGUUCCACUGGCUUGAGCAGGCCAGCGCAGGCUUUGGUUGCUCCUUGUGCCGACAGUUCUAUGCUGGCAAACCCAUGCUGUCAGCGGCGCACGGAGGAAGCUGGCGUCAGAACGGAGUGCAGAAGCACGCAUCAUUGCAACCUCGCAAUCUGCGUAAGCAUGCUGACUCGCAGGAACAUCAGCGAGCCGCGGAUGGCAUGGCUGGGGUGGCCUUUGCCAACGCAAGCUCUGCCCCUUCUCACGAGGAUUUCCGGCAGCUGAUCAUGGUCCUGCAGAAGCACACCGUGGGCAGAGACGGGGUCGACAAGGUUGCUGGGCACAAGAAAGCGCGGCGGAUGGCUUGGUGCAUCGCUGAGGCUAGCAGGGACAUGAAGCGUGACAUGUGGCGCCCCGGCGUCGGAGCUGAUGGAAAACCUGUGAUCUUUUCGACUACGCUGUACCAGGAUGCAAGGGCCGGCCGCCUCAGCAUUCGGUUCUCAGCAGCCAGCUCAGCAAUGGACACUUGCAGUGGCCAUUUGUAUACGGUGAACCUCAAGGAUUUCAGCACGGAUUCGGUUGGCCUGAUGAAAGCGACAAUGUUUGCGCUGCGGGCAUUUUGCUGUCGGCGUCUGCAUCCUCCUUACCUGGAGGGCAACAAACAGGUGACCCUUCCGGACGAGAAUCUGGAGAUGCGAGCUCGCUUGUUGUCCAGUGUUGAGACAUUCUGUUCAGACGCUGCGUCUGACGAAAUUCGAGCUGGCCGAAUGCUGGCAGGGCAGACAUCGGUGACCGAUGAGUACUUGCCGAGACUGCCAAAUCUGAAAAUGGUGGUUCGAGACCGACCGCACGCCGUCAGGCGAGUGCUGACGCGUGGGUGGCAGCCAGAUGGCUACCUGCAGGAAGUCGCUACGGAGUUUGUGGCGGGCAAAGGCAGCCCCGUCAACAGAAUACAGCACAGCCAUGUCUUCCAGGACUUCUUUUCCGCUAACAUCAAGGCCUUGGACCCGGGUCUGCGGGCAGUACGCACGCAUCCUCACAUGCAAGAUCUUAGCUACGCACCCCAUAGAUUUGAGUCUGCGACUAAGCCUCUUGCGCGCAUCGUUUUAUUCCUCCACGCCUUCUUGGCAACAGUUUCCCAGAUAGCGUGGGACAGAAAGCAUGAGGAGGAGGGCAAGGAUAUGGCCCGCUUCCUGCUAUGGCUGGACGACGAGCGUCUCUUAACAUUAGCGCUCAUGGCAGAUGCUGCGACGGAAACGACGGAUCUACUCCGUAUGGUGGACUACCAGGGCCAUCCGGUAGACGAGCUGGGCGCGAAUGUUCUGGGACUCAAGCACAGGGUUCGCAAGUUGUUCUUAGGCGCAGCGCCGCUCUGUCUGCGGACCGGGUUCACAGCCCAUAUGAUCAAGUUGUUGGGAUCCGAACGUGUGUUCACAGUGCCGUCCGCGAGGGGCACGACGAAGAACGUCAGGGUGGGACACUCCGGUGGAAUGUCCGAGGUUGUCAUACAGAGGUGCCUUUCCCGGCUAGCCGCCUGGAUCUUGGUUGCAGAGUCCACGCUGGAUGCCGAGUUCCCGUCGUUUGAAGCCAUGGAAUGCUUCUCUAUUUUCACAGUCACGGGUGAGAGUCGUGACGCAGUCCACACGGUCAGCAACACUUCGAAGAUGUCACGCCUUCAGCGAGCCUUCGGCUUGCCCGAUGACUAUGCCGCAGUUGAUCAGCUCGUGCGCUUUCGUCGCAUGGCGGAACGGGCAGCGAAAGAAGAAGGUCUGCAAUCCGCAGCUGCUUGGCGCGAAGGACUGCGCCGUGCCACUCGUACAUGGACCAAGCCUGAACUGUCCGCGCUUCUCCAGGUCAUGGUACGCUUUUGGGCAACGGGAGCAUCGACGUCCGGGGUCGAACAGUCCUUCGGGAAGACCAAGACCUUGUGUGAGGGCCUCCAGGAAAUCAGCCACGUGAACGACAUAAUGGAGUACUAUGGCGCCUCCCGCGCCUCUGGUAUAGGCAACCGCGAAAGGCGCAGUGAUUGCGGCAUUACUCGUGCCCAGACGAGUUCUAGCAGUCGACUGCCUUCGAUGCAAGGCUGGUUGCAGGACAGAAAGCAGGCGGUGGGGCAGGCAACUGCGCAGGCUCCCUUGCCACCGGAGCCUCAGGAGGCGGAAGUCAUGUGGAGCCAAAAGCACACGAACGAGAUCAAGUUCUUGCAGGACCUCCUUGAACGGAGCUAA